AUGUCCUCCCCACGUAGAGUUCUGCCUCAGCAAUCGCAGCCCCGGACUUUCAAGCCGUCCCUCAAGUCCUUGCUUCUGCUACCGUUCCGAAUAUGUAAUCCUCCCCCCUCUGUUGGAAAAGUAAGGUCGUGUAGUGUGACUCCAGUGUUCGAUGUUCGACUUGAGGAUAUCUUGGAAAGAAAACAUCUUCCUCCACUGGGUUUAAAAGAUUUCGAGGAAUGGUUGCUCUAUGUCGAGCUUUCCCCAGAGAAUCUCUACUUCAUUCUCUGGUUACGUGAAUACACAGUCCGAUAUCGACGCUCGAAGCACUUACGCGACGAGGCACGUCAAUAUGGCUUAGAAUGGCCGACCUACUCUUCGCGGCUGGCCAUGUUUUACGCUCGUGCGAAACAAACCUUCUUUACUCCAAAUUCACACUACGAACUCAAUCUUCCAUCCGAUAUGCUUGCGCCAUUCCAUAUGACCAACUCCUCUCCUCAUCCAGAUCCUGCCGUUUUUGAUCAAGUGGCAAUCGAGACUCAGAGGAUGCUCAAGGAAAGCUUGCAGCGCUUCGUUUCCGCUCAAUUUAAUAACGUCGGUAACAACCGUGUUAUUUGUGGCUUGAUCGGAGGUACUGUGUUUUGCCUCGUUGGCGCACUACUGCCUAUCAUCUACAACUUUACGAUGGGGCAAUCGAGAUGGUCACGCCUCUCAGCGUUGCCCGGUCUCUGGUUAGGAUUGUCAGUGCUAUUCGCCAGCUUGCAUGGAGUCUGCCUGGGAGUUUACAUCUUUGGCGAUCUCAGACAGCUUCGUAGAUUUGAGCUGAGCCGACCGCCUAUUUCCAAGCCUCAGCCGUAUCGCCCACGACCGGUCAUAUCUUCUCCAAUCACUAGUCUGCCUGUGUCCCCCACGCAAAUCACAUCCAUUGAUAAUUAUACAGAAGACUUUGGUAUCUUACCUCCUCCACCUGCCCAUACACGCUUCAGCUUUCCUUCGUCUCAUCAUUCUGUGCCUUCUGUAUAUUCUCCGUCUGCCUCAUCCUCGGAUCUCUCUUAUUCGGGUUCGGAUGGAAUGAUCCAUAUAUCUCCUGCAUAUUACGACCCAGAACCUAUCGAAGGACCAGCAACAUCCCCAGGCGGUAUAAUUGCUCUCCCUGCAAAACAGAAAUCAGCUUUUGACGACGACGAUGAUGAUGAAGAAAAUAGGCCACCUUUUGGUGCCACGGCAGCCUUCAUUCAUCCAUUUGAUCAUUUCGAGGACGAUGACUAUGAUCUUAAUAAUCCGAAAAGGCCAUUAGUUCAAGAACGGCAACGCGUUUCUUCUUUUGACUUCGAUGCCCUUCCUCCUCCUCCGGCAGCUCGAGUCCAGCCACGAUCGCCGCCGCCGCCGCCGCAACCGCGACGUCCUCCUUAUCCGAUCCACUCUGAUUCACCUAAGAGUACUUCAUCCCUUCAACUCACUCCGAGCAUCAUGGUUAUCCAGCCAGAACAGGAAACCCCUGAUAAGGAACUCACCCCAAAGGGUUUCAUUCGUCGUAUCCAGUCCCGAUGCAACAUUAACAAAUGGCUUGUCAUGACCAGUUCAAAUUCGACCACUGAUCUGAACGAGAAGGUCCCCGAUGACCUUGAAAAGGCCGAAUAUGAGCGAUCCAACUUUCCUCGUCCUCAUCCUUCUUUGCAACGUGAUCAAAAAACGAGUAAUCUCAAAAGACAGUUCAAGAUGGUGAAAGCAGUCCCUGCGUUCGCUUCGCCUCUUACUCGUGUGCUUAGUCCGGUUGUAAUUCGGGGUCAGUGGGAAAUUGUUAUGCGGUCGAUGAUCAUCGCAUGUUUCGUUAGCUGGUUCACAAUUGGGAUUCUUCUAGCAGUUCCUGUGCCGAAGACCCACUGA